UACCGCGCCCAUCUGUGCUCUCUGAUGGCCGGAGGAAGCGACUGACAGAGCUGAGAGAAAGAAAGCCUAGGAGAACGACAGAGUGGGAAAGAUAAGAAGGCAAAUCACUUUGAAAGGGGCUGGAUAAGACUGCUCGUCGGAGAUACAAUCCCGGAGGACUCUGUUGUCUUCCUAUUUUCGCAUAUUUGUGUUUUGCUGCGGUGAACCCUGCCCUAUUCCUACGCCUGCCGGUGCGUUCCCAUUUGGCGUAUCGAAAGCAGGGUUCGGGGAGUGCCGCUCCUCGAUAGCUUGUUGGCUAAAUCUCUGAGCUGGUUGGAGAGAAGGAGAUUCGAGCUUCGCUGUUUCCAGUCAAUGCGAUAUAAACAACGGAUACCCACGACUGAGAACGGAUCAGUGCGUUUCCCAGAGCGAGGUCGGAGAGAAGCACACACACUAGCAGCGGAAAAUGAGCGAACUGGACCAGCUACGCCAGGAGGCUGAGCAGCUCAAGAACCAGAUCCGGGAUGCCAGGAAAGCUUGCGCCGAUGCCACCCUGUCCCAGAUCACAGCCAACAUCGACCCCGUGGGGCGGAUCCAGAUGCGCACCAGGAGGACACUGAGGGGUCACCUGGCCAAGAUCUACGCUAUGCACUGGGGCACCGACUCCAGGCUUCUAGUCAGUGCAUCCCAGGAUGGCAAGCUCAUCAUUUGGGACAGCUACACCACAAACAAGGUCCAUGCCAUCCCCCUGCGCUCCUCGUGGGUCAUGACGUGCGCGUAUGCCCCCUCUGGGAACUACGUGGCCUGCGGAGGACUGGACAACAUCUGCUCCAUCUACAACCUCAAGACCCGCGAAGGCAACGUCCGCGUCAGCCGCGAGCUCGCAGGGCACACAGGGUACCUCUCCUGCUGUCGUUUCCUGGAUGACAAUCAGAUUGUCACCAGCUCUGGAGACACCAGCUGUGCUCUGUGGGACAUUGAGACCGGGCAGCAGACGACCACCUUUGCGGGCCACAGCGGCGACGUGAUGAGCCUGUCCCUGGCCCCGGACACGCGCUCCUUUGUGUCGGGCGCCUGCGACGCCUCCGCCAAGCUCUGGGACGUCAGAGAAGGCAUGUGCCGGCAGACCUUCACCGGACACGAGUCCGACAUCAACGCCAUCUGUUUCUUCCCCAACGGGAACGCGUUUGCCACGGGCUCGGACGACGCCACCUGCAGGCUGUUUGACCUGCGCGCGGACCAGGAGCUGAUGGUCUACUCCCACGACAACAUCAUCUGCGGCAUCACCUCCGUGGCCUUCUCCAAGAGCGGCCGCCUGCUGCUGGCCGGAUACGACGACUUCAACUGCAACGUCUGGGACUCCCUCAAGGCCGACCGCGCCGGAGUGCUGGCGGGGCACGAUAACCGCGUUAGCUGCUUGGGCGUAACUGACGACGGCAUGGCAGUGGCCACAGGCUCCUGGGACAGUUUCCUCAAGAUCUGGAAUUAAAGCCAGCAGGUGGCGUCCGGACUCCAAAGUUGACUGGAAGACCAUUCUAACAUCAAACAAAUCGUUCAAUUUUAUUGCAUAUCCAAUUUUCUCAAACACAGCGGAAGAAAGAAAAAAAGAAAACCUCACUCACCCCCCCGCCCCCCCCUUCCCUCUCCUCUCCCACCCCAAACUAAACUCGGAAGGGCAGAAAUCAGACAAACUAAGAGCACAAACAACCCCCCCCACCCCACCCCACCCCCCUCCCUCCAAUCCCGAACCCCUCCCUAGACGCAUGAGCCUGAUAGGGCGGGGCCACUCAAACAUGAUUGUGAUUGGUCAUUCCUUUCGGGACCAUGAUUGUGAUUGGUCAUUCCUCUCGGGACCAUUCUGGCCUAAACCCGCCCACACACCCCUAUGCCCUGCCCCCUUUCCCCCUGCUCUCUGUUGGGUAGGUUGGUUUCGUUUGGGUUUGUUUGUUUGUUUUUUGGGUUUAUUUCUUUGUUUUCGUUUGUUUGUUUGUUUGUUUGAUUGUUUGUCGUCCCAGUUGAUAAGCGCAGGAAUUAUUAGUGUAUCCAAGAAUCACAAGAACGACACAUCACACACACACACACACACACACAUACACAUACACAUACACACACACACACACACAUACACACAACCCAAUACCACUUCACACACACACACACACACACACACACACAUACACACUCCACCCAAUACCACUUCACACAUACACACACACACACACACACCACCCAAUACCACUGCUCAAACACACACACACACACACACACACAAGCAUCAGCCAAUGCCACUGCUUCCUUUCCUGUCAAACUAUUAUAGAGUCGAGCUCUUUCUGACACAAACACACGUUCAGAACACACACACACACACACACACACACACACACACACACAGGUAUGAAUGCACACUGUCAUUUUUAAGCGGAUUUCUUAAAGUCAGUUGUCGGCCAGAUAGACACACGGAUGAUUCCAUCAGCAGGCUUCAGUUCCUCCUGCUGCCGGGAGGCCUCAGUCCAGCCUUCAGGAUCAUGUCCAUCCCCCCUCUCUCUCUUCCCUCUCUUUCUUCUCUCUCCUCUCUCUCUCUUCUCUCUCUCUCUCUCUCUCCUUCCCUGUCCCUCUUCCUCCUCUUUGUGUUCUCUUCGUUUGCACAACUCUAAGUGUGUGUGCGCUGUCUAUAGGAUCAUGCACAGCUCUAAGUGUGUGUGCCCUCUAUAGGAUCAUGUCUCUAACCAAGCACAUGCUUAUUCCCAUCAUGGUGUCCUCCCCGACCCGUCCCGACCCGACCCAACCCAGCCUGAUCCUCAACCCUGAACCUUGAACCCUGACCCUUCACCUCCCUCUCACCCCCGCCCCCGCCCCUCCCUCCUCUCAGUCUGGGUCUUGUAGAAUAAUGAAAAUGAAGAGAACCCAUCGUUUAUUAAUUUAAUUUGUCUCUGGUUUUUGUUCUUUUGUGGUUUCUUUUCCUGGGUCUGAGUUUGGACUGGUGUUAUGCUUGAGGUGGUGGUGGGGGGGUGAUGGGGAGGGGAAGGGGGAGGGGAGGGGAGGGGGGGGGGGGGGAUUGGGCAUCAUUCCGGAUUUCCUUUUUGGAACGCAGGCGUCGGCGCGGCAACACUCCCCUGUCCGACUCAGCUCCGCCUGCCAGAGAGAGACCUGUUGUAAAAAUCAAUGUUUGAAAAUAAUGAUAUGAAAACUUUUUAAGUUAAAAAUAAAAAAAAAUGAUUUUGGUUGUCUGCCAUGGAUGGGGUAACUGUUAGAAUCGCAUGCUGUAGAAUUGCUUAUAAGAGGUGCAUAUGGAACUAAGUCCUUUUGAUGUUUUUCUUUGAGAAGAUAACCUGUUGAGUAGACCACCUUUCUCACUAUGAUAUUUAUGUUCUUUUGGUACUCUGUGCAUAAAUACCGAAUUCAAAUCAACUGUCAAAGCUAUGCACCGAGACCACACACACUGAUUACUACACAAACACACACACACACACACACAUUUCCAAACACACAUUUAGCUGCACUUACACACUUCUGAAAUGUAAAAUCAUUCUCUAUCAUACAUGAGCCCACAAACACACACACAAACACACACACACACACACACACACUGAGUCAACACAGCCUCACACACAGGCAAAGAAUAGAACAAAGAGCUUUUGGUUGUUUUUGUUUCCUGUAGCGGAGGAGUUCCGAGAGUGUGUGUGUGGGAUGGCCGAGCCCUUUUGUAAGCAGCAGGUGUUUGCGGGAGGCGUCUGGGCGGCAGACGUGCCGGUCCGUGUCGGUCGGCGUGGCUUCCCCAUUGGCUGCUCCGGCCGCCAGGCCGCGCCCCUCUGUAGCAGUACUGGCCCACCUCCCCCCUCCCCCCACACUCUGUACAAACAAUGUGCUGUUAUUGUGCGAUAGGCCUGGAGUUGGCAAAAAAAUACAGAAAUAAUAAAAAAAAAAAAAAUACAAUUAAUUAAAUUCCCUUUCCUUUUCUCUCACGCUGUCUCCUCUCUCUCUAUCUCUCUCUCUCUCUUCCUCUCUAUAUAUCUCUUUAUCUCUUCGGCUAUCCCUCUCUCUCUCUCUCUCUCCGUCUAUCGCUCUCUCUCCUGCUCUCUCUCUCCAUACAAUUAGCUGUAGACCUCUGCACCCACCUGUACCCCUCACUUUUGUAUUUAAGUUUAAAGUCAGUGUACAACCGAGAGCUGGAAGCAGGAUAGAAACUAUAUUAAAAUGUACUGUUAUUUAAAAUGUAAUAAAAAAAGCAGUUUGAGAUGA